AUGUGCAAGCAAGAGGACGAGCCCGGAUGCCUGAACAGUGCAUAUUAUUUGAUAACAACGUCAGAUUCACAAAAUUACAUGCGAGAAAGAAUUAAUCGUUUGAAAGAAAAACAAAUGGAUGAAGCUUUGGAACAAUGGAAGCAAAUGUCGCCGUAUGAAUUGAAACAAAAUAUCGCGAAGAUACAAGUGAAUAAAAAGAAGUUUAUAAAAAAAGAGAUCGUGAACGGAUGGCAACGUGAAGAAGAACAAACGAAUGCUGCUAGUUCAAUGCGGACUGAUACACCACUCGUCGGUAAAGUAUCGUGUCGUUCCUGUGGCUACUAUCUUGGAAAAUUAGAAUGGCUACGAAGACGAAAUACAUGUUAUUUUGUGCAGAAACAACACGUUUUGGAACGUGUAGAAAUCGAGUUGAAGCUGGAACCAAAACAAAUUCAAAAUAUACAGAUUAAUGGUAAAGUUCGAUGUGGUAACACGCAAUGUCGUGAAGAACUGGGUGGUGCACAAGAGUUUUUAAAUCGAAAAGAUAUGAAAGAAAUUUGCGCAUUGAAAUGUAAUCAAUUGAAAUUUUCGUACAUUAACGAAGAGUCUGGACGAGAAAAUAUCAUUGUUGGCAAGAAAUGGACAGAAUUACCAUUUAGAAUAGCCGAACUAGAAACACGGCCACCCAGAAGAUCGUAG